AUUUGAACUAACGAGAGAGGUAGCUCGAGUGACCGACCAUACACACAAACAAAGUCGUAGUAGUUCAUCCAUGCCCCAUGCCUCUCCACAGAAGUGCAGCUAUCCGCAGCGCAGUCGAUGGACAUAUUUGCCUAGUACUAAUAAUGCUAUUUCUCAUCAGUACAAAGCUUGCUGCUGAUCAGCCCCUCGCGGCGGCUGAGCCAAUCGCCCGAUCAUGCCACGACUGCGGCGGUGUACAGAUCCCAUACCCGUUCGGCGUCAGCUCAAGCGGCUGCGCCAUGGCGCCUAGCUUCGAAGUCGACUGCAACGACACGGGGAACGGCGUCUCCAAGCCGUUCGUUGGAAACAUCGAGGUCGUCUCCCUCGGCAAUGGUCAGGCCCGGGUAAUGAAUCACGUAUCUUCUUCCUGCUACAACCGCACGUCCCGACAGAUGAACCCUGCGGACGUGUGGUAUCUGAACCUCACGGGCACGCCCUACAGGCUCUCCGACUCGGCCAACAAGUUCACGGUCAUCGGGUGCCGGACGCUGGCCUACACCUUCGACGAUUACAACGUGGGCAAGUACAUGAGCGGGUGCGUGUCCGUCUGCCGGCGAGGUGACUUGAGCAGCGCCAUCAACGGCAGCUGCGUCGGGAUAGGCUGCUGCCAGACAAACAUCACGACGGGUCUAAGCUAUUAUCAGGUCAUGUUCGACUACACCUUACACAUCCGGGGUCUACAACCACACCCCCUGUAGCUACGCGGUGCUCAUGGAAUCGUCUAGCUUCACCUUCAAGAUUCCAACGGCUGUCAAGAUAUUAAUGAAUGCCAAGAUUCUAAUAAUUACCCUUGUCACGGAGAAUAUGCCAUAACAAACCCGGCGAUUUUGAUUGUUUCUGCCGUGCGGGUAGCCGAGGAAAUGCAACUAUUCCUGGAGGAUGUCGGAAGGACUUCUUACCUCUAAAAGCACAGCUGGCAAUUGGUAGGGCACGUAUUAUUCCAACUCAGUUGCUGUUGCAUCUUAUGAUCUGCUUGAUCUGGUCAUGGACUUCUCAAUAACAUCAAUAUAAAAACACUGGUGCUAAAAUGCUUGCUUAAAUCUUUUUUUUACUAAUGAUAAAUCUUCGCUCUCUAGGAAUUGCUGCAUGUGUGUUGGCUGGCCUGUUUGCUUUCCUUGGAUGGGAAGUGAUUCGGCACAAAAGGAGCAUUAGAAAACAAGCUUUGUUAAGACAGACUGAUGAGUUUUUUUCAACAACAUGGAGGCCAACUAUUGCUAGAAAUGAUGAAAGCAGAAGGCAAUAUCGGGUUCACACUCUACAAGAGAGUGGAGAUAGAGAUUUUCCCAGACGAGGAGCUGCAGGCAGGCCGGGUGACCGCACAGGAUAAUCUAUCCUACCGCCCGGAAUAAUGGGUAUUGUAGUAGUGCUACUACUAGAAGACAUGCAUAUAUAGACUUAGAACAAGUCCAAGCCAUGAUAGGAUCAGUAGAAUGGAAGAUGAACUAGAACGUACCGUCUGUAAAAAAAAAAAAAGAUAAAUCCUGGUUAUGUAUUUGAACAUGAGAUACAUAACUACGAUUUGUCUAUUAUUGGGAUAGGGAGAGUAGAGGCCUACAGCCAACUGCGAGAGAAGUUGGAGCGGCAUAGAGAUUCCUUAAUUAUCCGUCUGGUGGCCUGAACACUGCCUGUGCUUUGUCCGGCUUCAAUCUCAGCUGCAACACCACAGGGUACGGUAAUUAUUGCCACAAUAACCACAGGAGAUGGUCAUUAGCUAGAUUUAACCAAUAAAACGCCACACAGAUUUUCCAACACUAGCAUCAAGUUCACAACCAUGGCCGCGUGCCAAACACUCACUUACAUCGAUAUGGAUCAAGCAGAUGAGUUAGAUAUC